AUGGAGGCUGUUCGGCGAUGGGGAGUUGGCGAUUCAUUUUGCGAAGCUAGGCUCGAGAAGAAUGACUGGAUAACUAACCAUCUCAAAAACGGCGACGUAACGAGUUACACCGUCAUAACAACAUGCUCGCCUAGCAACUUCUCGUACGUCAAAGAGCUAGAGGCAAGAAUUGCCUUUGACUACCACGUCAAAGACGUCGGGAAGAAGAUCCGCGAAUACACGAACAACGACCUGCACCUGGCCUAUGACACCGUCGGCAGCGUCGAAACAGCUGCCGUGUGCAGCGACGCCCUCUCCUCCAGACCGGGUGGCAAGUAUAUGGCAACUCUGUCUGUGCGGUCCAAACGGAAGGACGUUGAGAGUGACUACCGUGUUGGCUAUACUGUGUUUAAUCAAGAUUUUAAGAUGGGUUCCACGUCAUUCCCCGCCAGUCUGGAGGACUAUGAGUUUGCGAAGCGGUUCUCAGGGGUUGCGGAGAAGCUGGUGUGGGAGGGCAAGGUAAGGGCGCAUCGGGUGCUGCUUAAAGAGGGUGGCUUUGAGGCCAUACCCGCUUGGUGGGAGUUAAUGAGGAAGAAUAAAGUUAGUGGGCAGAAGAAGUUGGUGUACAGAGUGUGA